AUGGAUCGGGAUCGCAUCGAGCCCGUCCACUCUGGGGCACCGGAGUCGCAAUCAACCGAACCCUUUCCUGAGUCUUCAUCCGUGUCUCCUAGGAGGCCACCGCUAGCAACUCUUCAUACUCACGGCGAUUCGAAUCGUGCACGUCGCCCCAGUAUCCGGCUCUCGCGCUUAGGUUCCUUCUCCUCCUUGGACACGGUCAACUCGCAGCAACCGGAACAACAACCCGGGCUCUCCGCCGCUCACCACCCGACCAUACAAUCUCCUGUCGCCGAAGAAGAUGAGUCUGUCCACGGUCGCCGACGCAGCAGCUCUGAGCCGCGCCCAGGGCGAUGGUCAUCCCCACCAAACACCCUUCCGCAGGUGGCAACUCCUAUCCGGAUGAUGCCACUAUCGGAAGAAUCAUCUCCGAUGCCACUCACCCCAAUGAGCGUAGGUGAACAGCAUGCUCCCGAGCAUCUCGAGCCGCCGCCUCCGGUCGCGCAACGACCAGGUUCUCGGAAUCUGCUGCGACGCACUAGUCAAGCGGCACUCAAUCGCUUCUCCCGUAAUCGAGCAUCAACCGUAUCAGGAGCACCCCCGACGCUGGCCACGCAAGAGGAACAACGCAGGAACGAGUAUGCGCCCCAAGUGGUGGACGUACUGGACGUUAUCGAUCCUGAGGUUUCUGCGCUGUCUACCCUCACGAAUGUUCAGAACUCGCUGUUUGUGCCCAACCUGGGUGGCUGGAUUAACCGCAUGCCCACCUACACGCUCACGCGACACCCGCCUUCUUCGGAUGAAGAACAGGCGACCACAACGGACGAAGCUGACGCUGAGAUGUCCGAGGACAGUAAACUCCAGCAACGGCCAACAUUGGAUCAACUUCGUCCGUUUACGAGUAUGUCUUCCGUACUGCCGGGUCCUCGCUACGCAGUUUUGCCUGAAGGCCAUGGGCUCGAGGGAUGGACACGGGAAGACUUUAUGGAGCUCAAUGAUCAUGUUCGACACAUGCUGCAUUCUCGUCGCUCCAAGUUCAAGCGGUCAAUGAAGGGCUUUGGACAAUAUAUCCGAAAGCCACUGGGAUUCCUCGUCACUCUUUAUGCAACCCUGAUCACUCUGUUCGGCCUCGCAUGGGUGCUUUUCUUGAUCGGCUGGAUCAACGUCGGCGGAAGGCAAUCCUACCUCAUCAACAUCAUCGACAACGUUCUGGUCGCACUCUUCGCCAUCAUGGGUGAUGGAUUGGCUCCCUUCCGAGCUGUAGAUACCUAUCACAUGUGUUUCAUCGCGCAUUACACCUUUUUGACUUGGAAGAUCCGCCGCAAGAAGGCGCUCCCCAAUCUGAAGGACAAAAACGAUCUCCCCGAACAGAAAGAGAAGGACGUGGACGUCGAGUUUGGAGACACGCCCAAAGAGGACGAGUACGAAUUCUCUGUUCUCGACGCUCGUCAGCAGCUGCGCUUGGCGCACCACCAGACCAAGUUUGCUAAGUCUCAUACGUUCUACAAACCCCACGAAACUAUGACCCACCAUGCUUUCCCCAUGCAGCUACUCAUCGCAAUUGUUGUCAUCCUCGACUGUCAUUCGAUUCUCCAGAUGGCUCUGGGUGCCUGCACAUGGAGUAUGGAAAACCCAGGGCAGCGACCAUUUGCUUUGACCACCGUCAUCCUUUGCUGCUCCAUCACUUGCAAUAUCACAGGUGGUGUGAUGAUCAUGAUCGGUGAUCGACGAACCCGAAAGAAGGAGGUUGUGGAACGACUUUUCCGACAGCAAUUGACUGAGGAAGCCAUGAAGAAGAUGGAGAAGAAGAAGGUCAAGGAGGAGCGCAAGAGUAUGCAGCUGGACCGCCCCGAGCCGUUCCCUGAUUCUUAA